AUGACGUCAUUGCAAGUGAUGGAUUUCUCGUCUACAAUCCACAAGUCGAGCACCCCUGUCGCUAAUCCCUUGGUCUGCUCGGACAUCGACAUUGGCGAUCUGGGGCCGAAUUGGUCAAAAUUUGCAGGGCAACGUCAAGGAUCGUCUGAGCAUAACAGUGUGGUGGCCGAAACCGAUUUGGACAAGGCUCGGUUGCUCUACAUGGAGUGGGGCCCAGCUCAAAGUCGACCAAAUGGAAUUUACCUUACCGGUAGAGAGUAA